UUGUCAUCAGUAGCAUUCACAGCGGCGCGCGAUUCGCACGCUGCGCAUGAGCACGCGUAUACGUACGGUAGUGAAAGUCGCGCGCGCAGGUUCCGCUACGAUUUCGUACGCCGACAUCUUCGUCUAGUUAUUCUGUUUGUUCGUUGCGCCAGUGCAACGGGGAAAGGAGUGUUAUUGAUUUCGGAGUAAUAAGGUUAUUGUAAUUAAUUAUACAGGAGUUACGACGACGACUGAACUAGUUGAAUAUUGAUUGGUCUUUAAAGUUUUCGAAGAAAUGUGUCCGACAAUGAAGGAGCCGUAAUUGUGAUGUUACCUCCGUAAAGCGAACAAAGUGUGACAGUUUACGAGUACUAGUGAUUAACAAAAUGAGUGUUGAACCGACGCUGACUGAGUCGCCUGUGCCGCUGGCACUGACGCGGCUGCAGACGCGGCCUGGCCGGCUGCCCCGCGGGCUGCGCACGCAUCGCCCGAGUCUGCAACUCGCCAGCUUACAGGAAGCUGUUGAUGAGACUCCGAGACGAUACAGUGGAGAACCAUUCGCACCCGACACAGACGACGACGAGGCCUUCACUGACGAUGUCGUCACUGAAGAACCUUCUCUAUCCACAUCAAACGGACGCAGGGCGUCCGAAGCUACUUUUGCUGAACGAUACAGACAAUUGUCAGACUUUGAUGGUCCUCCCCCGGAACCUCCACGAAGAGCUUCAUUGGCUGUGCCAGUAGGUGCAGAAGGAUUUGGACCUAACGACAAAGGUCGCCGACGUUCUUGGGCAGCGAAGCUGCAGCUAGAACGCAAGAAAAGAAGGAAAUCAGGAGGCAACGACACAGAUGAAGACAGUGAUAGUCCUACUUACGUCCGUCAAAAGAGACCCUCAUGGUGGAAUGUAUUCGUGCCUGAUAACAUGCUGAAGAACAGGUCUAGGCGAGCUUCGCAGCAGCUGUCCAGGAGCGCAGAAAGCAUCGACCAGUCUUUCAAGAGGUCGAAAAGCCGUUCGGUUGACCAUGGGUUCUCGCCGCCCUUCGACUUGGAGGCGCUACGCUCGAAGGUCGAAGGCAGAUUUGACGCCGUGCACAAAGAUGAAGACGAGCACGCCAAGAGACUGCCACCACCACCACCGAUCAAAACGAUGACUUACACGGUACGCGACCGUGACACCCUGACAUCGCUAGCGGCGAGGUUCGACACCACCCCCUCGGAGCUGACCAAGCUGAACAGGCUCGCAACGCAGUUCAUCUUCCCGGGACAGACCCUUCUCGUGCCCGACAAACGGAAAGAUGGCGAUAAAGACUCUGAUGGGCCGUCAGAGAGCGGUGAUAACACAUCUGAGUCAACACAGGGGCCACCGAGCGAGCCCGCACAAGAAAAAGAGAUACUGGACAGCUUGCGGCCAGGGUCCCCCGAGGCACCCACGAGCAGCUGCGCGCCCCAGCGGUUCCUCAAGAUCAACGUGAGACACAUCACCGAUGGACAGGGCGUGGUGUCCGGAGUUCUGCUGGUGACGCCUAACGCGGUGAUGUUCGACCCGAACGUGUCGGACACGCUAGUGAUGGAGCACGGGCCCGAGUCGUACGGCGUCAUCGCGCCCAUGGAGUACGUCGUCAACGCCGCCAUCUUCUACGACAUCGCGCACAUGCGCACUCACGGACCUGACCAUAACACGCACAAGGCCGAGCAGGCUGAGAUCUACUACAUGAAUAAGACAGAACUGUCACCAGGAAAGGAUUCACUUCUAGUCAAAGAUGAAACAUUCCCGGAGCUGCAGGCGGCGACGGGUGAGAGCGCGGACGGCGAGUCCGCCGCGGACCCGCGCCCCGGGGACGAGGCCGAGGACCGCGGCGGCGCCGCCUUCCCCAAGGCAUUCGACAGGGAACUCGUCACGCCUACUGCGCUGCAGCAACAGUCGACUGAGGAUAGGCGAAAAUCCUUACUGGACCAGCAUUGGGCCAUUCCGAGCAAAGACAGGAUGUCCAUCGAUCAAGGAAGUGAGAUAUCAUCAACGGCGGACGCUGGCAAGGAGGAGAGCACGGGUCCCGAGCCGGAGGCGGGCGACAGUAUCGCGGCGGCCGACGGGUCCGAGGCGGGCGACGCGCCCGAACAGGACGCCCAGCAUCUGGUGAAGCUGUCCUACCACGACUCCGGCAUCGACAUCCGAGACCCACUGCUGCAUGUCACACCCGCCAAUUCUAAGAAAGGUUCCCUCAUAGAUUGCGAUGAUUAUUAUCAUGAGAUAGAUACCAUAUACGAGUCGAAGGAACUGGAGAUCGAUAGGGACUGGCACCGGGACGCUGCGCAUGCGCUGCAGUGUUUCAUAGUACUACAUAAGAACGCAGACGCUCGCUCUGAUUCCGUGUACUCAUCGUGCGAUGAGGUGUACAGCGACGCGGACAUAGUGCUGUCUGCGGAGUGGGUGCCGCCGGUGUGCCUGGCGCGCGGCGAGCCCCCGCUGUCGGCGCCGCCGCACAGCGACGCCGAGCGCGCGCGCAAGACGCAGGCCGUCUCCUUCUCGCUCGACAACGCCGCCAGCAAGGACGAUGCUAAACCCGAUAAGAAGAAUAAGAUGCUGAAGCGUCUCUCGUACCCACUGUCCUGGGUGGAAGGUCUGACGGGCGAGGGCGGCGCGCAGGGCUCACAGAGCGACUCGCUGCCCACCUCCGCCGACAGCCACAACUCUACCAGCGUCUUCUCUAAAGUAUUCAACAGCUCACCAAUGAAUCUCGUGGAGUUCGGUACUGGUUUGUUCCUGAGUAAAACCCCGUCUGAAGAGGCGCCCCAGGACGUGUUUUCUACUUCGGGACGCAGUUCCCUGGGCGGGUUCGGUCGCUCGCACACGAAGUCUACGAGCAGCGCCGGCAGCGCGCCGCCGCCACGUCUCGACUACCGCAGCAUGGUCUCCGUCGAUGACAUGCCUGAUCUGUUCGCAUCUUUUGAUAAGCUAAUUCCCCGACCGGCGCGACCAAGUGACGACCCGCCGCUAUACCUGCGCCUGCGCAUGGGCAAGCCCAUCGGCCGCCCACUCCCGCGCACCACCCCACUCAUGUCUUACGGACGCAAGCGCAUGAAGCCCGAAUACUGGUUUGGAGUACCCAGGAACAGGGUGGAUGACCUAUUCAAGUUCCUAACCCACUGGGUGCCAGACCGAUACGGCCCUCUCGGUGACGUCAGCGCUCAGGGCUACGAGCUCAUUGACAGCGACACCGAAUGGGAUGACGAUGAGGCCAAACCUGGACAUAAAGACGAGCGGACUGGCAGCACGGGCGACGUGUCGGACCUGACGCGCGAGUCCUGGGAGCUGCUGAAGGCGCCCUACGUGAAAAUAUAUUCGAUAAUGAAGAGCCAGGCAGAGGCGCUGGGCGACUCGCUCGGCGAGGAGCCGCGCCAGGAGGUGCUGUCGAUGAGCGAUGAGCUUCGUCGCGCGCUGUACUCGUCGGGCGCCUCCAUCGACAUGGAGUUCUCCCCGCCCGACCUCAUCGGCACCUCGGAGAUCUUCACUAUGGAACACAGAGAGAAGCUGUGCUCGGUGCUGCCGGCGCGCGCGCAGGGCUACAUGUGGCAGCUGGCGUUCAGCACGAGCCAGCACGGGUUCUCGCUGGCCUCCAUGUACCGCAAGAUGCAGCGCGUCGACAGCCCCGUCCUGCUCGUCAUACAGGACACAGACAACAACGUGUUCGGUGCUCUGACAUCGUGCGCGUUGCACCCAUCGGAGCAUUUCUACGGCACGGGCGAGUCGUUGCUGUUCGCGUUCCAGUGCAGCGGCGAGGAGGCGCGCCGUCAGUCGCAGGCAGCCAUCGAGGCCGCCAAGGACAAGGACAACAAAGACGACGCCACCAAGGAUGAAAAAGAAGAUCACCCACCACCUUUGAAAACCAAGUUCAAGUACUGGGGCUGGACCGGAGACAACAUGUACUUCAUACGCGGCAGCAACGAUAACAUAUCUAUUGGAGCUGGAGAUGGCAAGUUCGGUCUUUGGCUGGACGGCGACCUGUACCUGGGGCGCACGCAGCGCUGCAAGACGUACGGCAACGAGCCGCUGAGCACGCGCGAGGACUUCAUCGUGAAGAUCAUGGAGUGCUGGACCUUCAUCUGAGCGGCGCGGCGCCACAGCCCCUCGCCGGACUCGCCGCACGCGCCGGACGCUAUGCGCUCCACGUUUCUAUUUUCAAAUCAAAAAUAAGCUUUAGAUUAUCUUAUGAAAUUUGCUACGAAGAUUUGACACUUUUACAAGUCAGUCUUUUCGACUUUAGUACCGAUGAGUCUGAAAACGAUUUUGUACUCGCAUUGUGACUCGAAACGUAGCGGCGCGGAUCACCAUCGAUCGGCCGAUAUGAAGACAAUAUUAUAAACGUCUACGCGCAUUUCUAGUCAAAUGUACUGAAACCUGACCAAUGUUUUCAUCCUCUCCGAAUUUAGAGGCGUGUUCGGAUACGAGUGCCGCCGCUCGGGCGCGGGCCGCUGUCGCCCGCGACUCUGCUGAGCAAGUGCAUUAAUCCUAGUCAAUUGUCAUUUGUAUGUAAGUGGGAGCUCUCCGCUGCCGGGGGCUCCGGACGGCGAUAUCUGUUGCGGCAACUCGGGCGCCGGUCGGCCGCAGGCCACCGCCGUACGCCCGGACGGUCCGAUAAUUAUUACGUGUCAAUUCAUACAAUUAAUAUUGUGCAUUGUUGUUAAGGAAAUUAAAAGCAUAUUUGUAACUAUAAAAAUCUGUAUGUUAUGUAGAACUUUAUAUAUUAACGAAUCAAUCAUUACCUACAUGUUUAGAGGCCGACUUAUUGGCGUGUCCAGUACCGAGGCACUGUGACACAUUUCAUUUCAUAAGUGAUUCUGGUUCAUUCAUGACUUAUCGUUGGAGGCAGCUCGAUCGUGUUCGGCAGGGCACGCAGUAGUAGUAUGUGACCCUUGCCCAAGCAACGAGAGCGUCGAGCCUCGACCUCAUGUGUAGCCCGCGCAAGGGUCGGUGACACUGUCAGUAUAAAUAUUUUAUUUAUUUACUAUUUGUGUAGGUUUUGUAUGUUAUGUUGUCGUGUCUGAUUGUAUUGAGUCAUAAUAUUAAGUUAGUGAGCAUAAUUAUGUUACACUUGUACUGUGAUUUGAUUAUUAUGGUUGCAUUUUUAACUUAUUGGAGCGUUGUCACUGAUUACUUACAUUAACAUUAUUCAUAUAACCAUACUGGUCGAGACUUAGUGAAUAUCUAACAUAUCUUCAUCCUUGUCACACAUUUAUAUGGAUGUUUACGAUAGACACAAUACGAACACGCAAAUAAAAAUAGUCCUCAAUAAACCAUAGAUUAUUUUUGUGAUGUGACGCUUCAGUACAGAGAUGAGUAGCCAAUAUAUGAAUAUUAUUAAUUAAAUAGAAAAAAAAAUCUUAAAUAGAUAUCUUAGAAUGCUUGAUGAAUGUAAUCGUCAUUGUGCUUAGUAAUCGUUAGCAUGAUGUUACUCAGAUCUAUCUGGUCGUAUAACAUUAUUUAUUUGUCCUAUGUGUAAGCACGCGCUAGAGCCGUCGCGCCGCGCUGCGCAGGCGCAUCGCCCGCGCAUCUAUCUACUGCUAUGGCCAGUAUAAUGGCGCCGUCUUUUGGUUUUGUUUCAUAUGUCUACUGUAUAUACAAGAUAUUCCUAUGUGAGAUUAGAAAGAGAUAUAUAUUUUUGUGGAGACCACGCGAAGUAUUAACUUUUGUGUAUAUCGGAUGGUAGAAAGUACAAGUACCACAAAGUGUGUCCCAACUGUUAAUGAAGUGUAGAAUAUUACGCGUGCGUCUUAUUCAGGCAGAAUAUUUUCACGUUGUUAUUGUUUGUAUACAUCAAGAAUGUAAUAGAUGAACUUAGGUUUUAAAAAUUAUAUCGGCAUAAUUAUUGUUAUAAAUUUAUAAUCAUUAGACUUGUUGAGUAGCAGUGAGAAUUUAAAAUAUAUUUAUUUAUUCUGUUAUGGUUUCCAUCGUACGGUUGCUGUAGCUGCAUUACUUUAUCGGUGAUGAUUUAUUAUGUAAUUCUAAGUUGUUAAAAUGUAAAUCAAGCCAUAAUAAUUGAGAAUAUAUUCUUUUGAGAAAGAAA